AUGACUUCUUUCAAGGAAUCCCUCUCUUCCACCCCCUCACGGCCCAUUAGCCAUACCACUCCUCCUCUCCGCCAAUCCAAUGGCCGUCACCAUUCCCACUCCGUCUCCCUCGGCGCCAUCAACAUCAAUCACCGUGUCACCCGCCGAAAAAGCAUGAACUCCACCGCCGCCAGCAAUGCCGCUACCGCUGCCGCCGUCGCCGUCGCCAUGGGCGAAUCCCCCAGCGCCGCGGCCUUGUCCACUUCCACCUCCUCCCACCACCACCACCAUCACCACCGCCGAGGCCUGAGCACUCGAAGGGCCAUCGAAUCCACCUCCAUAGGUACCGCGUCGGGCUUUGGCUCUUACCUCGCCCGGAACGCUGCCCAGAACUGCACCCCGGGACGCAAGAAUUCGCCCAAUUCCAUUGACGAGAAUACCGCGGUGGAAGAUGUCUCCCCCCUUGGCGGUAGCGGUGCUAGUGCAAUGAACAGCAGUACGGGGAAACCCAUUGGUACGAAGCAACGGAGUCGUCGAGCAAGUGAGGGUGCUCACCUCGUCCGCGGAGAAGGCAAACGAGUCAUGAACGAGCUGAGAUGUGAACGGUGUGGGAAGGGAUAUAAACAUAGCAGCUGCUUGACGAAGCAUAUGUGGGACACGACCCAGCAUGGGCCUACACAUCCAAGCUCCUCAUCUCGAAACACCAGCAAGUCCAGCUCCUCGAAGCUGCCACCGUCCUGGUAA